GGUGGCAGACUGUGACCCAGCUCUGUUCAGGAGAUGCUUAACAGCCAGCUUCUCUGAUGUUUAGGUGCUAGGGCGUGGAGAGUGAGGACCGGGUCCCUUAGGGACUAGGAGAAGGAAGGUCCGUAUUGAGUUCCUAGGUGGCAGAGGUGGAGGAUGGGAAUUGAUGGGACAAAGGCUUGAGCGAUGCAGUCAAUCUGCAGUGUAUCUGUAGCCUCUGGGAAGAGGCCGCUGUCAGCCUCAGGUCUUGUAUACUAAGAAAGUUUGCUUUUGCUUGAGGGUCGGUGGACUGAGAGGCCUGGAAGCCAACUUUUGGCAGGGACCAAGUUCCAGGGUAGUGACUGGUUCCCCGCGUUUGGAGAACAGGCUAAAGAUUGCUGCUCUCCUGUGGAGUAAGUGAUGGCUAGACUGUUGGUCAGUGCCCCACAGAGGAUUGCUGGGGUGGGUGUCGGUUACACAUGGGAUGUGAUGCUCUUGAUGCUGCUGGAAUAAAAAGGAAACAGCGUGGUCCCCCACCUCUAGCACCCUAGAGUCUGCAGGAGCAAUCCUGUCCUGUUUUUCUUGUCCAUUUGCUUUUGUUUCUUUUUUAGGUGCUGGGUUUUAAACUUGUACUCUACCCAUGCCUUCCAUACAUUCACCACAGCCGUCUUUUCUUCUUCCUCCCCUUCCUCCUCUAUUUUUUUUUUUUUUUUAAAUAUCAUACCUUGUUCUGUUUACCCAGGCUGGUCCUCAGUCUAUGGGCUCAUGUGAUCCUCCUGCCUCGGAUCACAAGUAGUUGGGUUGUGACUGCAAGUUGCUACAGGUGCCUGACACAAUCCCCAACUCAGCCCGAGGUUUGAGGCUUUUAAAUCCUAAUCUGGGAAAACUGAGGCUGUGUUAGGGAAAGCGGUGACCCCCUGUGUCUGUGGAUUUUCUGAUGAUGCUCUCUGCAUCCAGUGAAUUUUUUACUUGUUUUUUUUGGGGGGGGGGCUAACAUUCUUCGAUUUCUAGAAAGAGAAAGUGGGGUACACGGGAGGCCAGAACCAUGCAAGACAGAAGAGCACUGAAGUGUUUCAUAGCUCAGCACACUGUGUUUGGGUUCUUUGUGGCUGUGGAAACCUGAUUCUGCUGCCUUCUGGCUGUCUUUCAUGGGGAACCCCUUUUUCCCUGCUCCCCUCGGCCCGGAAGUGCAGAGGCCUAGGAGCUGCCUGCCGACGACUGCCAGCAGCCGGAUUAGUUCAGGGAAGGACUUGCUCACCUGCUCCUCCCCUCUGACUCAAGUCGUAACAAGUAACCUGGUUCCCCUGGCCCGGCUGCCUGGGAGGGACAGCAGGCAGGCGGGACCCGCUGAGAGGGAGAGGCAGGGCCCUCAGCGUGUGGAGAGCUUGCUGGAAGCCAGAGCACCAGGUGGCCUGCUUGUGACCUGGGAGACCCCGAGGUGGCACAAGAGGCACCUCAAACCCCUGAUCAGAAGUCUUUCCUGAUCUGAACUGAGCUCUGGAGCAGCUGGGAAAACGCCAGGCAACCUACCCAUCCUGGCCCAGGCUGGGACCGGCGCAGCCCCUUCUUCCUCUGUGCCCCUUCCCCCCAGAAAUUCAUCAUGGAGAGUAAGGAUGAGGUCAGUGACACGGACAGUGGCAUCAUCCUGCAGUCUGGCCCAGAUAGCCCUGUUUCACCAAUGAAGGAGCUGACCAAUGCAGUGCGCAAGCAGCAGAGGGCCCUGGAAGCGAGGCUGGAGGCCUGCUUGGAGGAACUGCGUAGGCUCUGCCUGAGGGAGGCGGAGCUGACUGGUACUUUGCCAGCAGAAUAUCCCCUUAAGCCGGGAGAGAAGGCCCCCAAGGUCCGGCGUAGGAUCGGAGCGGCGUACAAGCUGGACGAGUGGGCUCUGCACAGAGAGGACCCCCUAAGCAGCCUGGAGCGCCAGUUGGCUCUGCAGCUUCAGAUCACCGAGGCGGCUCGAAGGUUGUGUGCAGAGGAGAACCUCAGCAGACAGGCUCGCAGGCAGCGGAAGCAUGCGGCUCUGCAAGAGGAGAAGAAACUGAGGGAGCUUGAGCGCCGCCUGGGUGAUCGGCGGAGGAACAGCGAGCCCCCUCCCACCACUGUGCCCUCCCUGGGCAGAGAGCUCAGUGCUUCGGAUGACAGCUCCCUGUCUGAUGGGCUACUCCUGGAGGAAGAAGAUUCCAAAGCACCAAAACCUCCCCCAGAGUCUCCAGCACCGGCACCGGCACCACCUUCACGGCCUCUCCCACCCCAGAGCCUUGAGGGCCUGCAGCCUACAGGACCUGAGUCUGGUGGCCUAGAACGGGCCCCCAUCCAAAACAGUCCAUGGAAGGAGACCAGCCUGGAUCACCCCUAUGAGAAGCCCAGGAAGUCUUCUGAGCUCAGUAGCGAGUCCAGCAGCCCAGCCACCACUCCUCAAGAGCAGCCCAGCGCCUCCAGCCUGUGGCUGCUAGAUCCUGCCUCCUACCACGUGGUCCCCAUCCGAAAUGUUCCUGGCCAGCGGCAGGGCCGCACCAGUGCCCCAGCUACCCCUGAGAUGCAGGGCAGGAGGGGCCAGUCGCAGUCUCUGAGGAUGGACUCCUUCCGAUCAGGUGCGGAGGGCCGAGGUCGCAGUGCCUUUCCCCGCCGCCGCCCCACUCACUACACGGUGACCGUGCCGGACUCCUGCUUCCCGCCCAGCAAGCCCCCGCUGCCGCACCCUGCCUGCCACUCUUGCUCUGAAGACAGCGGCUCUGACGUCUCCAGCAUCUCCCACCCUACCUCACCGGGCAGCAGCAGCCCAGACAUUUCCUUUCUACGGCCCCUCGGUCCCCCUGAGCCACCUCGCCAUCAUGGGGUCUGGGGCCCAGCCUAUGGCCGAGAGCUGGCCCCUCACUACCCUAAACUUCUGCUGCCCGCUGGAUACUUCCCAACAGGGCGCUACGUGAUGGUGGCCGAGGGCCAUCUGCCACCGGGCGAGUGGGAGCUGUGUCGUGCAGCCCUAAGUGCUGCCUACGACGAGGAGGGCGCUCCCCUGCGCUACCAGCGGCUGGUGCCCUCCCACAGCCGCAUCGUGCGCACACCCUCAUUGAAGGACAGUCCCGCGGGCAGGGCACUCAGCAAGGCAGCCGUCUCCGAGGAGCUCAAGUGGUGGCAUGAGCGGGCACGUCUCCGGAGCAGCCGUCCCCACUCACUCGACCGCCAAGGGGCUUUCCGCGUUAGGAGCCUGCCUCCCGGGAGGGAGAGCUUCGGGCGGGCCUCAGGACCUCGGACACAGGUGCCCCCAGUGUGUGUACUCCGGAGGUCACCAGAUGGGGCUCCGGUGCAAGUCUUUGUGCCUGAGAACGGCGAGAUCAUCAGCCAGGUGUAACUACGUUGAAAGCCUUGGCCACAGCUGGAAAAGACUUUCAUAUUGGAGCUGGGGUUGACACCCCUCACCCCUAAGUGCUUCCUUCGGCUCUCCUGCCCUCAUCGCCGGCCGAUGACUCAGAGCUGAAGCCUUUGUUUUUUACAGGAGUGUUUUCCAGAAGCCCUGACCUGAGGAUUUAUAUCUGUGAUUUGUCUUCACGGUUCCUAUAAUAUGAUUGUACUUUAUCCCCCGGAGUCUGGCCUUUUGGACUUAAGGACUUGCUGGGCUGAUGGCAGCAUUUAUCUUCUUAUGCAGUCCAAGUGGCCUAGAGGCCCCUUGGGAUUCCCCCGAUGCUCUGUGCCUUCUUCCUGAGGUGGCUGCUGGUUCCGACCGCGGGAGGCGGGAUGUGGUACACACACAACAAGGACUCUUCCCUUGUUCCCAGAUCUCUGGGUACCGUAUGCUGGGCAGGAUUCUCCUCUCCCUUUUAUGUGCUCUGUGAUGCACACUCAAUGGCAGGAAAGUCAUUAUGUCCUGGCGGAGCCUUGUCUUCCCGCUCUUCUCCCAACGCUACAGGCCUCUGCUAGCAGCCUCCACCUCGGUUCUGUCUCCAUACCUUUGAGCUCUCAGACCACUGAACCUGGACUUUGAGGCUACACUAGACUGUCUAAUCAGGGGGCUGGUUGGUGGGGAACACCUCACCCUUCACAGCCACUGCUGGCCAAUGUGAGGCUAGGCUGGUUAGCAAGUAUGCCCUCUGAAAUCUUCAUAGUCCUAGAAGCCAGCACCUUAAAAAAAAUGUAUACAUGUUUACAUAUUUUUAUACAUAUGUAUGAAUACAUUUUUUUGAGUGCCACUUCUGUGGCGUAUUUGAGGAGGCAGUUACUGCUCCUUCCAUUUUCUGCUCUGAGAAAAAUCCUUGUUUGUUCACACCCGGAGACGUUCAUUAAUGACUCCCUAUAGGGUGCUGGAUUGGCUUAGAUAACAUGAAUGAGUUGUCCCAGAUCCUAAGACCAGGCAAGCCAGGAAGCUACCUACGCUUAGACCACUGGUACAAUUAAGUUCCUUUGCUGUCAGGUCAGAUGCCCAGGUAAGCGGUUGUGAGUCUGUGUGGUCUUCUCCACUUGAGCACUUCUCUAGUUCCUCUCCGGACUGGACGAACGCCAGAUGCCUGACUCUAAUGGUCUGUUUCUCCUGCUGGAGAGAAAACAGUGUGGCCCAUUGCACUGGGGCUGAGGGAGGGGCGGUGCUAGGAAUUUAGGGGGCUAAGGCAAGCUCAAGGAGUUGCACAAGGCAUUUCUGUCCCGUGUUCUCACCGCAUCCUACAGAGCUCCGCUCUCCACACUGUUUGGCUGCCCUGCUUUUGCUUGUCUGGCUUCUGAGCCCCUACCCUAGUGUAUAGAUGCCCCUUCCCAGUGUGUUCUCUGGAUCCCUAAGUGCCUUAGUUCCUAAGUCACAAAGCUGGGAGACAUCUGAGUGCUGGGCCCUCCCCACGCCUGAGCACCCUCCGCGUUAACUUAUUGGUCUUACCUAACAGCUAUUUCGUGUGUUUGCACAGUGGCGGUGCCCGCAGCUGCAGGGCUGAAACUGCGCAACGUUGUGCCAAAUACUUCAAUAAAGUCUGAUUGGCCCAGCUGA